AUGUCAAUGACCUUUCGGUCUUUGAUUCUACUUUGUCACGACCUGUUAAGCAGUCCGCGUGGAGAUCGCUUAGGCUCCCUUUCAUUCUUGUUUAGAGCGGUGUCCUUUACACCGCUCCCAGGAUAAAAAGAGGCUCAGCGAAGCCUUUUUCAUGAACGCUGAAAUCCGCGCUAAGGAGCUCCAGCAAACGCUCGCGGCGAUCCGGCACGAAACGACGAUGUUUUGCCAGGAGAUCGCGCAACUCCACGCCUUGUUCGAAAGAAAGCACAGGCUUAUCGAGACUAAGCCCUGGCCGACCACGCGAGCCCCGAACCUGCACUUUCAGCACAUGUUGGGCAAGCACUAG